AUGUCUUUUCUUCGAAUCGAAACGUUUUCGAUCACCCCCCCUCCUCUUCUUGUGUCUUUGGCAAAAGCAAUCGCCCACCGCUACUUCGACUUGCAAAACGCUUCGACGGCCCUGCAGCCUGCAACUGCCACUCUGCUGUUCUCUUACCGAAUUUUUCUCAAUCACUUUCCUUCCUGUUUCCUAUUCUUUCCAUCAAUUUUUUUCUUCUUUUUUCUUCUUUUAUUUAUACACCUUUUUUUUAUUUUUUUAUUUUCCUUCUUUUCAUCGUUUGCUAAUUUUUUUCUUCAUUUUCUUUUUCCUUCUCCUACAACUCCAAUUAAUUCAUUCAUUUCCCUUCUCUUAUUUGUUGUUGUUGUUGUUCUUUUUCUUCUUCUUCUUCUUCUUCUUCUUCUUCUUCUUCUUCUUCUUUUCUUUUUUCCUCUUCUUCUUUUCUUCUUCUUCUUUUUUCUUCUUUUCUUCUUUUUCUUUUUAUAUUCCUCUUUCUCUUAUUUUAUAAUCUUUGUUCAAAUUUUUUCUUCUUCCUUUUCCAUUCGUCUGUCUCUUCUUCUUCUUUUUUUUUUUUCUUCUUUCCUUUUCAUUCAUCUUUUACUUCUUUUCCUUUUGCUUUUCUUCUUAUUCCAUUCGUCUGUCUCUUCUUCUUCUUCUUUUCUUUUCUUCUUUCCUUUUCAUUCAUCUUUUACUUCUUUUCCUUUUGCUUUUUCUUCUUAUUCCAUUUCUUUCUCUUCUUUUUCUUUUUUCUUCUUUUAUUUUUUCCUUCUUUUUUCUUCUUCUUCUUUUCUUCUUCCUUCUUCUUCUUCUUCCUUUCUUCUUCUUCUUCUUCUUCUUCUUUUUAGAUUCUUCUUAUUUCAUCCUUCUAUGUCUUCUUCUUCUUUUUCUUCUUCUUCUUCUUUUUCUUCUUCUUCUUCUUCUUCUUCUUCUUCUUCUUCUUCUUCUUCCAUUCGUCUUUCUCUUCUUUUUCCUCCUCUUCUUCUUUUCUUCUUCUUCUUUUUUCUUCUUUUCUUCUUUUUCUUUUUAUAUUCCUCUUUCUCUUAUUUUAUAAUCUUUGUUCAAAUUUUUUCUUCUUCCUUUUCCAUUCGUCUAUCCUCUUCUCACCAAUUCUUCAUCCUUCCUAUGUCUUCUUCUUCUUCUUUUUUUUCUUCUUCUUCUUCUUCUCCUUCUUCUUCUUCUUCUUCUGCAGACGGCACUGAUGUAAGACUGCCCACUUUCUUGAAGCCAUCAUCGCCCCAACGACCUUCUACAUUCGCCUCCACCUCAAAGGAUCACCUUUCCCUCUGCGUGUCUCAUCUGCAACUUCCUUGCGCGUAUGCCUCUAUCUAUGACCCUGCACCUAGCCUCGGCGAACUUCAAACUACGGCAUUACAAGUCACCGGCUCCAUUUCUCUAUUCCUAUACGUAAAUCUCACCCCCGCUUCCUUGACUCUCUCUCUCUCUCCCCACACUCUCUCUCUCUCUCUCUCUCCCCCCCCUCUCUCUCUCUCUUCUUUUACGGAUUUAUCUGAUGUUCAACACUUUCCUUCUUUCUUUUUUUCUUUCUUCGAUUUACUUUUUCUUUUUCGUCAUAUUGUUCUCUACCUUUUUCUCUCUCCUCAUUCUCAAAUUCUUUCGUUGUUUUUCGUUUGUGUGUUUAUCCCAUGUUUCAGUUUCUCGUUCAUUCUUUCUUUCUUUCUUUCUUUCUUUCUUUCUUUCUUUCUUUCUUUCUUUCAUCCAUUCAUUCGUUCAUUCUUCGAUUCAUUUUUUCUUUUUCGUCAUGCUGUUCUCUACCUUUUUCUCUCUCCUCAUUCUCAAAUUCUUUCGUUGUUUUUCGUUUGUGCGUUCGUCCCGUGUUUCAGUUUCUCGUUAUUUCUUUCUUUCUUUCUUUCUUUCUUUCUUUCUUUCUUUCUUUCUUAUUCAUUUAUUCUUCGACUUCCGCUUUACUUUUCACUAUUUUAUUUUAUUUUCUUUCUCUGGCACAUUCGUUGUUUUUUUCAUCUGACCCCAUUCUCGUUUCAAGUUCUCUCUUUCUUUCUUUCUUUCUUUCUUUCUUUCUUUCUUUCUUUAACAUUUGUCUCACUCUUUCCUUCUCGCUAUGUUGUUCUGUUUUUUCUUUUUUCCUUCGUUGUUAUUUUUAUUUUUAAUUAUAUUUUCCGUUUUCCAUUCCUUCCCUUGACGUCGUCCUUUUACCAAUGUCGGCUUCUAUAUUAUGAAAUAUUUUCACUCAACAACCCCAACUUAUCUCCCUCUUCCGAUGGAGAUUUCUUCUUAGGUUUAUUCUCUCUUUCAAUAUUUUACCUAUAUACCCGUUCAGUUACCAUCCCUCUUUAUCCUCACUCCUCCUUUUCACAGUCUCUCUCUUCUUCUCUUAUUAUCCCUCUUCUCCUUAUCUCUUAUUUUCUACUUCUUUUUUUUAUCCCUUCUUUCUUUUUUUCUAUUUCCUUUUCCUCCUCUCUCCAUCUGUCUCCUCUUUUCUCCUCCUCUUCCAUUCACUCUUUAUUUACCGCUUCUCAUUCUCUCUUCGCUUUCUCUUUACUAUUCUUCUCUGUCGCAUCUUCUCUUCCAGUCUCUCUUCUCUCUUUCUUUCUCGUCUUUCUUUUCUUCCCUUCUCGUUCUCGCCAUUUUCCUCUGUUUCCACCGCUCUUUCACUUUCUUUUUUUUUUUCACUUUCUCCUCUUUUCUCUUGAUUUCUCGUCUCUACAUUGUGUUCUCAUUCUCCUAUUCUUUCUUUCUUGCUGUUUCUCCUUCUCCCUCUUUGAAUCUUACUAUGUUUUUCUCCCACUAAAUUUUCAACUUUCUCUUUUUUUCUCAUCCUACCAUUUUCUAUUUUUCUCGCUUUAA